GCCCACCUCUCAUUCGAGGCACUCUCGCCAUAGAUGGACUCGGAGUGAGAGCAUGGGAGGCAAUACUGUAUGAAUGGGUGAAAAGUUUACAUCUCUUGCACGUCUCUUUAUGGCGUAGCCUAUCCUUAAUGAGCACCAGAGACUGUGACUGCCAUGCUCUAUUCGAUUUUAGUCUCAUGGUCUAUUUUCCAAAACUUUAGUCUACUGUAGAACAGUUUUGAGAAGUUCACCUCAUGACACAUUAGAAGAGGAUAAAAACAAAUUGCUGGGCUGGUGGACUGGACAGAGGGACAGGGGGAGAAUCCGUGAGAAUACUCGCAUGGCACGUAUGGAUUACAUGUAAGGCCAGUGUUGCUUUCGCUGCAUCUCUGGGGGAAAGUCAUCCGAGAAGCGUAUUUUCAGGAGACCAUGGACAGCCUCGCUUCCAUGCCAGAGGGAUUCCGCUCAGCCUGGAUUGAUGUUGGAUUUACCCGGGGCUCCGAGAGCUCACAACCGUGAAAUUGAGAUUGAAAGACGCGCUAUGAAAUAAUAGGCUAUUUGUAAGAUUGGAGCCAAAUGUAGUCUAUUUAUGUUCUGGAUAUUUGAUAAUGUUUUAUUUUCUCAACGAGCGUUACUAACGCUACUUGGAAUCUUGUGAUCAACUUCAAACAGUGGACACUUUUAAAGGGAGCGCUUUGGUGACAAAUUUGUGGAUCUAUUGAAUUAGGCUGUAGGAUUACCCACGGAAUUCCACUGUCAAAUGAUAGUUUCAAAGUCGUUAGUUUUGUUUCCAUUUUGUCGCCUCGCUCUUUCAUUUCAUUCAUUCACCGUAUCACUUUGUUAACCAGGUUAGAGCCUGAGAGUAAGAGAAAGAAAGCCUCUGUCUCAUAGCGCGCCCAGUGUGCACACGGACACCAUGGUCGGGAUGUGGGGUGGCGGAGGUCUCCCAAUGUCUGUCACCGUGGUUGUGACUCUGCUCCUGGCUAUUAUUGACGUGAAGGCGAGUGGGGAGUACUGUCACGGUUGGCAUGACACCCAGGGCACAUGGAGAGAGGGCUUCCAGUGCCCGGAGAAGUUCGAUGGUGAGGAUGCCAUCAUCUGCUGCGGGAAAUGCGAGCUGCGGUACUGCUGCUCCAGGAAUGAAGCACGGCUGGACCAGGGGACUUGUGACAACGACAAGCAAGCCCAGCAACCGGGCACCGACAGCAAAGAGAACAAGGAGACGGGCGCAGUACCCAUCUACGUUCCCUUCCUGAUCGUGGGCUCUGUGUUCGUGGCUUUCGUCCUGGUGGGUUCUGUGGUUGCCGUUUGCUGUUGCCACUGUCUCCGCCCCAAACAGGAACUGUCGUCAGGGGGCGGGGGAGGAGGUGGGUCUGGUGGCGGCCGUCUCCUUGAGACCAUUCCCAUGAUGGCUAGCGUGGGCACGUCUCGCGGUUCCUCUUCCCGCCAAUCAAGCACGGCCACCUCGUCCAGUUCCUCUGCCCCUCCUGCCCAGGUGCCUCGCCCGGCCCCCCAGCCCAUGAUGCGUGCCCAGGCCUCCUGCUGUCUCCCUCCAGACGCCAGUGUUUUCGUCAACAUGCCGACCAACUUCUCCGUGCUCAACUGCCAGCAGGCCACCCAGAUCAUGCCCCACCAGGGACAGUUCAUCCACCCCCAGUACAUCGGCUACGCCACCCACCACAUGUCCCCGCCCCAGGGGGUCUACCUGGACCCCACCCAGGGGGGCUACAGACAGCUGCAGUCCCCCUACCCCCCACCCACCAGUGUGGCCAGUGUCACCAGCGAGCAGAAGUACCCUCCAGUAACAGUUUAAGCCAUUUUGGGGACUGUGUGUAACAGACCUUGUGAGGGCUAUGUGCCUUAUGGGGACUGUAUGAGAAACCUUAUGGGGACAUUGGGAGCUCGCCAACUUGGAGAGAGAAUGAUAUGGACUCAGGCUCACACACAGGACUCGUAAAACCGAAGCUGGGAUCUGUGCCUGACCAGCCACAGUGUGUUGCGUGUGUCUGUCCUACAUGUGUGUGAUAUGUAAAGGUUUGGCAGAUUUGCCUCAGGGUAAUGAUUGUGAGUGAGCUGACCUCACCCCAAGAUGGAGGCAGUGGUAUAUCUGUCUGGUUGUCCUCAUUCAGCAACACACAGAGGGGUGAUGCUGCCCACCAGGGCCAAUGACUCGCAGCAGUGUGGGUUUAACGUCUUGAAGUUUGUCAGUGUAGCGUUUGUUGUAUGUGUUUGUAAAUGAGUGAGUGUGUGUAUGUACAGUACGAGUGAGGGUGCUGUGUCCAGUGUGGCUAUGUGUGUAUGUGACUAUAUGUACAGAAUGUGCUGUGUGUGUAUUACUGUCAGUAUAUGUGGUGGUGAGUGGGUGUAUGUUAACAGAUGUACUAGGUGUGUGUGCUGGUGUGUGUAUUACUGUCAGUAUAUGUGAUGGUGAGGGUGUAUGUUAACAGAUGUACUAGGUGUGUGUGUGUAUGUGUGUGAGGACGUGUGUAUAUGAGUGUUUAGUAUGUAAUGGGAAAUGCAGGCGGUGUGAUGUGAAAAACAGUCCCUCUCUCCCUGUAGGCCGGUUGAUGUCUAAUGAAGUGAACACAGGACACAGACUGUGACGCCCCAGCCUUACCCCCCCCCCCCCCACACACACACACACUCACUGCCUUGAGCGGAAACAUACACACACUUGCAUAUACACAAGAGUACCCCCAAAAUUAAAAUACACAAAACACUCACGCAAGGACUUGGAAGUAAAUGUGCCUGAAAGGAGGUGUGUGUGUGUGUAUAUGUAUGUGUACGUGUGUGUGUAUAUGUACGUGUAACUGUGAUCGGCAACCUUCUGAAGAUUGCAGAAAUAAUAACGCAGUAAAAGCUGUCUGCCAACUGUUCCACCUCACUGAUUUUCCCUCCUGAGAAAGAGGUGUUGUAUUACUGUCAGUAUAUGUGGUGGUGAGUGGGUGGGUGUAUGUUAACAGAUGUACUAGGUGUGUGUACUGGUGUGUGUAUUACUGUCAGUAUAUGUGAUGGUGAGUGGGUGUAUGUUAACAGAUGUACUAGGUGUGUGUGUGUGUAUUACUGUCAGUAUAUGUGGUGGUGAGUGGGUGGGUGUAUGUUAACAGAUGUACUAGGUGUGUGUACUGGUGUGUGUAUUACUGUCAGUAUAUGUGGUGGUGAGUGGGUGUAUGUUAACAGAUGUACUAGGUGUGUGUGCUGUGUGUGUAUUACUGUCAGUAUAUGUGGUGGUGAGAGGGUGUAUGUUAACAGAUGUACUAGGUGUGUGUGUGUGUAUUACUGUCAGUAUAUGUGGUGGUGAGUGGGUGUAUGUUAACAGAUGUACUAGGUGUGUGUGCUGGUGUGUGUAUUACUGUCAGUAUAUGUGGUGGUGAGUGGGUGUAUGUUAACAGAUGUACUAGGUGUGUGUGUGUAUUACUGUCAGUAUAUGUGGUGGUGAGUGGGUGUAUGUUAACAGAUGUACUAGGUGUGUGUACUGGUGUGUGUAUUACUGUCAGUAUAUGUGGUGGUGAGAGGGUGUAUGUUAACAGAUGUACUAGGUGUGUGUACUGGUGUUUGUAUUACUGUCAGUAUAUGUGGUGGUGAGUGGGUGUAUGUUAACAGAUGUACUAGGUGUGUGUGUGUAUUACUGUCAGUAUAUGUGGUGGUGAGUGGGUGUAUGUUAACAGAUGUACUAGGUGUGUGUGUGUAUUACUGUCAGUAUAUGUGGUGGUGAGUGGGUGUAUGUUAACAGAUGUACUAGGUGUGUGUGUGUAUUACUGUCAGUAUAUGUGGUGGUGAGUGGGUGUAUGUUAACAGAUGUACUAGGUGUGUGUACUGGUGUGUGUAUUACUGUCAGUAUAUGUGGUGGUGAGUGGGUGUAUGUUAACAGAUGUACUAGGUGUGUGUGUGUAUUACUGUCAGUAUAUGUGGUGGUGAGUGGGUGUAUGUUAACAGAUGUACUAGGUGUGUGUGUGUAUUACUGUCAGUAUAUGUGGUGGUGAGUGGGUGUAUGUUAACAGAUGUACUAGGUGUGUGUACUGGUGUGUGUAUUACUGUCAGUAUAUGUGGUGGUGAGUGGGUGUAUGUUAACAGAUGUACUAGGUGUGUGUGUGUAUUACUGUCAGUAUAUGUGGUGGUGAGUGGGUGUAUGUUAACAGAUGUACUAGGUGUGUGUGUGUAUUACUGUCAGUAUAUGUGGUGGUGAGUGGGUGUAUGUUAACAGAUGUACUAGGUGUGUGUACUGGUGUGUGUAUUACUGUCAGUAUAUGUGGUGGUGAGUGGGUGUAUGUUAACAGAUGUACUAGGUGUGUGUACUGGUGUGUGUAUUACUGUCAGUAUAUGUGGUGGUGAGAGGGUGUAUGUUAACAGAUGUACUAGGUGUGUGUACUGGUGUUUGUAUUACUGUCAGUAUAUGUGGUGGUGAGUGGGUGUAUGUUAACAGAUGUACUAGGUGUGUGUGUGUAUUACUGUCAGUAUAUGUGGUGGUGAGUGGGUGUAUGUUAACAGAUGUACUAGGUGUGUGUGUGUAUUACUGUCAGUAUAUGUGGUGGUGAGUGGGUGUAUGUUAACAGAUGUACUAGGUGUGUGUGUGUAUUACUGAAGGUAGACUGGAGCUGUGCUGGAAGGCUUCAGGGUAUUUCCAACAGUUCUUUUCACUUCAGCAGGGUAGAAAAAGAACAGCUAAAAAUCGACAAGACUCACUGGGCACACCACGUCAUUUCAAUGUGGAUUAUUGGGUAAUAUUUGGUUGCGACGUUGAUCGAGAUUACCCGUUAGGCCUCUAUUCACUCAAAAAGACAGCCAAAGUUAGUUGAAUUUCCAAUGUGUUAUCACUAUGCUUUCAACCAUCUAAAAGCACAACCACAUUCUAAUGGAAAGACAAUGUCUGAUUUUUGGUUACAGAUUAACUUGACAUCACUGUGUUUCAUCUAAAAGCCGAACCAAAUGACCCUGAUGGCAGUUGAGAUUACAUUAAAAGUACAUGGAGCUGUUCGAGAUUCUGCACAGAUUAUUAAAGCAAUUGUGAAGAUCUCCACAGACCUAUGAUGAUCGAUGAAUGCUAUCUUAAACAUGCAUACUUUAUCUAAUUACAUAAUGUAUAGUUACACUAACCUAAAAAUGUGGCCAUGGAUGUGUUACUCAUUUUAAGGUUGAACUUUACAUUUGUUUGUAAAAUAGAGUAACUAUCCUUAAGUUAAGGUUAUUACAAAAGUAAUAUUGAAUUGUUUGGUUGACAAUGCAACCAAAUAUCAAUAUUUUAAAGGAGAUGUAUCUACUGCUUGGAAUGUUCCAUUCUUUAACUUUUAUAUAUGGUUGAGUUGCGACGUGAAUCCAACAUAUAAUUUGUUAACUUGUCGACAAAUAAAUAUGUUAUUUAUUGUAUUUCAAAAGUGAUAUUGAAUUGUAUUUGGAUGUCAACACAACCAAAUAUCUUGCCUGAUGACUCACAUUGAAUUCUUCCACUGCUCUAUCAAUCGCUACAUACUUCAUUGCGGAAAAGAAACAAACAUUUGUGGCGUGGCGUUUGGCCGGAGCAAAGAGUCUGGGUAGUCAGGCAACCAAAUAUCAACAUUUGAAGGAGAUUUAUCUGCUGCUUGGAUAGUUCCAUCUGUGUUACUAAUUUAGUCUGGCUUUAAUUACAGUUUGUCUACAAAUUAAGUUUGUCUCCAUCUCAACCAAAAAUCUAAGUUAAAGAAUAGUACUAAAUCAAAUCGAACUUUAAAUGCACUUUAAAUACAUUUUGAUUUGAUUUAGUCCUAUUCUUUAACUUAGAUUUUUGGUUGAAAUGGAGACGUGAAUCCAACAUAUGUUUGCGUUGACAACUAAACACAAUUCAAUAUCACUAAAUAUAAUUUCAUUUUGAUCAACUAGAGCUUGAAACUAGAGGUCUUUUUCGGCUCCAAAAAGUUGGACCUUGAACCCAAACGGACCCGAAAACAAUCAGACCCAAACACGAAUGGACACGACAACAACCAGACCUAGACCGGUCCGGUUCUGGACCAGACUUGAUUGGAGCCAAGUUACCAAAAAAUGUAUGUUUGCUAGCCAAGUAGCUCUUCUGGUUACAAAUAGAUCCUUAUAUGUUGGAUAGGCCUUAUCAGUGUAAAAUAAAUAUGCUACAGGCUAUGCAGAGCCGAGGUCGGGUCCAUUCAGGUCCACUCAGGUCCAUCAGCUGUAGUUACAUAGACCUGAGACCUGAUGUCAAUCAAACAGGACCUGACCCGGACCCGAGGGAAAAGUUAGAAUUUUGGACCCUGACUCGCUCAGGUCCUGGAUCUGGUCUCGGGUCUGGUACCGGGUCUGGACUCGGACCCGUUAGGCCUCUGUUCUAAACCCUAUUCCUAUUCUGCUGUCUUUUUUUGUUGCUGAAUUCUGAUUUGAAUUGAAACAAUGGCUGUUGAUGACUUUGCAAAUGCCUAAAUAGCAUCAUUGAGGAUAAAUGAGUAUGGUCACAUUUCAUUUGCUCUGUUAAACCUACCCUUUGGAAUGACUUCGAUAGCAGCAUUGAAUUGAUCUAGUUUCUCUCAACAAUCAUUCUCAUUAUAGUACAUUGGUAAUAGUCAGUGACAUCAUAGCUAAGCUGGGCUUGGUUAAACCCUGGAUGGGAGACUAAAGGGUUGCUGUACAUAGAUUAGUUCUCCAGCAAGAGGUGCUGCCCAGCCCAUUGUUUUUUUUAUUCUGAGUAGAUAUAACGUUGAAGAUCUGACGGUGUUUUAACGGUACAAAUUCAACAUAUUUUACACAAGGUUUGUCUAUGUUGAAAUUUGGUUACCAUGAUGACAUAAUUCUGUGGUUGAAAUUUGACCCUCGAAACAGGUCGAUGACAAAAAAAUCCUAUAUAUUUUCCACGUCACAGUCACAAUACAUUGACAAAUUACGUUGAAACAACGUUGAUUCAAUCAGUUUGUGCCCAGUGGGAACACUUCUCACUAUGUUGGGUAGCUGGUCUUAAAGGGGGCUUUCGGAUUUUGGACUCACUUCUGCUUUGUUCCCUGUUAUAGAACUGUCUCUGUAUUAGGACUGUACACAACUCACCCUAAGUUCCAGUUGAUGAAAUUGCAGAAAUGCAUAGGUGUCCCAAAGUGAACUAACUUGACUGUGUGUUUUGUGUAUUUCAAGCACAAUGUCUGUAUGAUCAACUGUGUGUGUGUGUGUGUGUGUGUGUGUGUGUGUGUGUGUGUAUCCUGAGGUUGAAUGUGUACCUGCACCCUGUGAAACACAGUGUCCUUUUUCAUAUGAAUUAUAAUAAAUCAAUAUUAAACAGUG